AUGGUGGUGCAGCCUGGUUUGGUGGGAGAUACUGUGAGGGAUAGUGUGAGGGAUCGUGUGGGGGAUAGUGUGAGGGAUAGUGUGAGGGAGAGUGGAGGGAUUGCGGUUGGUAGAGAGAGAGUAUGCGGUGUGAUCGGUGGGGAGAUGGGAGGGGGGAGAGAGGAGAUGAUGGAAGAUGGAGGCACGAUGGAGGAGGGAAACGCGAUGGGUGGGUUAGGAGAUGGAGAUGCGAUGGUGGACGAUGCGGAAGGGUGUAUGGAAGGGGAGGAGGAUGAGGUUGGGGAGGAUGAGACAGCUGACAGCUGGGAAGAGCAAGAUGAGGAGGAGGAGGGUGAUGAAGAUGUCUUUCUUGUGCUGGUUGGUUCAGAGAGGCAAAUGAGAUGGUUGGAGAGAGGAGGAGGAGUAGAAGGAGGGGGAGGAGAGAAGGAACGGUUGGGGAGUGCGAGCAUGCAGUUUGACAGGGAUGCGGGUACCUCGCAUUCUGCUGACUUGGCGCAUGGUGUAUGGUUCCGUAUUUCCACGCGUGCGCUGCCAGCACAUGUGGCAAGGCUGCUGGACUGUUUGCACGCUCAACCGUCCAAUCAGCUGCUUGCUCAACCGUCCAAUCAGCUGCUUGCUCAACCGUCCAAUCAGCUGCUUGCUCAACCGUCCAAUCAGCUGCCUGCUCAAGCUGGUGUGGCAGACAACGCAUGUGGCAGUGCAGCUCCACAUGCACACCCGCCUGUCAAAACACCUGAGGAAACACCUGAGGAAGGUGGUGUGAUUGAAUCGAAGGGGACAGCUGGAGUGCUGAACCUGGAUGUGACAGCAGCGGUGGCUCUGGUGUCAGAGCUCUCCCACGGGGGCGCACAGCGGAUCGCAGGCUUGGCAGAACCGGACCUGCGGGCGAGGUUCGGAAACACGUGGCAAUUCAUGAGAGAUCAGGCACAGGCCGAACUGGCCCAGCCUCAGCUGCAGCUUUUGCAGGAGUCGCUUGUCAACAAGGGCUUGAUCAUGUGUGAAACUGCUUAUAAAGAGUUCUCUUCUAUCGUGGAUGUCAUUGCUGGACCCAGGGAGAAGCAGAGAGCUGCUGCUCUGUUUUCUUCUCAUGUCAGAGUGGUGCCGGAUCAGCCCUCGUCUAGGCUGCUCUCUUUGCCCUCCACUGCACGAAUCAAGCAGCGCCACGUCAUCAUCUUCGGGACGGCCGACAGCUGGGGCUGCGCUACACUCUCUGCCAGCUCAGCAUUUGUUCGGGCGGCUCGCCAUGCUGGCGCGUUGGUGAGGGUGGUGGAGCAUCGUCCAUGUGCGCUGAUGGGGGAGUGA